UGAGUAGCAUACAAGUUGUAUAGGACAUCUAUGUUGAUGUCGCAUUGUGUACGUUUACAAUGUACGUAAAUAUUUUUCCCGGCAAAAUUUACUAUUGGGUCACCCUGUGCAGUCUCCCAUGAGCGCUGAUGGCAGUAAACUGGGUGAAUGGGCCAUUAUUGAGUUACAAGGAGACCUUCGGAACAGAUCAAAUGACACUCUACACUCUCAGUUUAUUGGAGACUUGCAUUACACAGAAAAGGGAGCCCCUGUUCUAAUAGUUGGCCACCAUAUCCUUUACGGCAAGGAACAAGCACUGGAGAAACCAUUUAUUGUGGCAGAGCGUGUCAGGCACAAGUCAGAAGAUAGCACCAGAACAGAGUACCUUGUGCGUGCUGUUGUAAAAAGAAAACUUCUCUUCAAGUCACGCCCAAAACCCAUUAUUGCAACAUUAAAUAAAUCUGUUUGAACAUUAUGAAGAAUGGUUUGAAAUGUGUUGACUGUAUAUUUUAUUUUGUGUGUACCAUAUAUUGUGUAGAUUAUUUAAUACGCCCUCCCAACCCUUACGUACAGAACUGUCUCUAAAGUUUUUUGAUAGUACAUGUUGUAAAUAUUUUGAGGAAAACUACAAUAAACAUGAUAAAAA